UCGUGGGUGGUAGAGGUGGUCUCGGAGGGGGCGCGGAAAACCGUCUUCUAAAUUAAUAACUUGCCUGCCGUUGAAAGUGACAGUUAAGGCGGCCCCGCCGUGACCCGGAAGGACUCGGCGGAGGCGGGGAAAUUUUGAACAAUGUGCGCCGAAAACGCCGGUUCUGCGGUGCCGUGUGUCGUGAGGGGAUAUGGUGGGCUGGCGCGGGCUCCUCUUCACCACCUGCCGGCGGCGGUGCCGGGUGAAGCCUCCCCAGUCCUCGCCGCGAUGGACGCAGGAGCGGUGUAGGUGCUUCUGGGGCUUCUAGCCUGGCUGUGUCGGUGCCUGCGAGGGAGCUGUGGGCCGGAAUCCUCUGCGCACGCCAGCUCUGCGCGUUGGUGCUUUGGCAGCGUGCGGGGUAAAACAGGAGCAAGGGUGAGGGUUGGCACAGCCCCUGUGUGAGGGUGGCAACCAGGUUCCCGGAGUUUUCUCUAGGGAAUUCAGGGAAAGCUGCUCCCCCAUCCCAGAAGUUGUUGCUAUGGCAUUUCAGGCACUGAGUAAAACGUUCAAACUCUGCGUACGAACUGUAAUACUUAGUUCUCAUCUUACAACAGUGAUAAAUGUUUCUGCUCAUCUGUUUUGUAAUACCGUGUUAAAAGAAGAGAAGCAAAAAGUCUCUACCGAUUUGUUUAAUGCAAUGACUGUAUCUAUAUGAGAAAGUAAAUUCAGUAUUAGAAUUUAAACCCUUAUUCUUACUGUUACGUUUAAUAUUUUUUUUGCACUGAAGAAAUAUCAAAAUAAGCAAUGACAUCAAUACAAACCUAGAAGCAACAGUUUGUUUCCUGCUACAAAAGACUUAAAAAAUCAAAUAAACUAUUACUACACGUUUUGUAUUGCUCCGUGCUAUGUUGUUCAUUAUUUUUUCCAGGAGAAUUUUGAUUAAAGCUUUUCUUAUUCAUCUACUGAAACCUCUUCUCAAAGGAGAAAUUUGAAGUUUAACUUUACAAUGAUUUCCCUAAAAUGAUGGAGGGGGUUUCCUGUGCCCUUUAUUCACUAGUUUCACAGUCACUUCAAUACAAGCUGCUGCUAAAAGAAUUGGUCCAGCACACCAGCCCAGUUUGCUGUGCAGCUGGAUGAAUGCUUAUGCCGGCCCAAGGGGAAGAAGGUGUGAGUGGGACACAGCGCCUAGAGGAUCUUAAAAAUCUGUUACUAUGAAUUCAUAAUAUAGAAAAGCAAGAAGAGAGCUUUGCUUGUGUUACAAAAACCCACCUUGGUAAUCUAAUUGGAUCUUUGUAAAGCAGCCUCUGACUAAUCAUACUGACUUUCUUCCACAAGUGAAAAAUAGAUCAAUCUACAUUUUUAGAAAAUACAGUUACGUGCAGCUGAUGUAGCUGAAUGCUCCCAUCCUGACAACAGGGCAGACGCAGGAGAGGACCAGUAAAAGGCAGCCAUUCAGUCGAUACAAGAUGGGUGAUCCUCUUUUGGUUUUGCUGAUGCUUUAACAGAGACCUUCAAAACUUAAAAGACCAAUUGAUCUUAAAUUCAUUAUUUAGAAAUACUGUGAAGUAAAAUAGUAAGGGUGUGUAAUUACUAAAAAUGGAAGUUAUUCCUUGAGACGAAGCAGUGAAAGAUUAUGAAGACUUUCCUGAGUCACUGAGACAAGGAAAGGCAGAAGCACUGAGGAGAGCGUGUGUGUUGGUGGCACUGCGAUACUUGGUUUUUCCCAGGUGAUUUACAGGCUUUGGACCAGAAUUCUCAUUUAGAACAAUGGCAAGAAACUGGGCUGAUUAACUAGCUCGGUAUCUGGAAAACCGCUUCGUUUGGGGGAGAGAGAUGUCAUGAAGAAGUAAUAUACUGCAGUCUGCUCUGCUAACUUCAUGGGAAAAGAGGUUAAGAGGAAACUUUUAAAAGAAAAUAGAGUUUUUCCCAUCGCAAGCUGAGGACUUGGCAAGAAAAUACAAAAUGUCUCCUGCAUCAAAAAAACUUUUCAACAUCAUUAUCUUGGGAGUCUCAUUUAUGUUUAUAUUCACUGCUUUCCAGACAUGUGGAAAUAUUGCGCAAACCGUUAUCACAAAUUUAAACAACACGGAUUUUCAUGGCAGUGGCUACACAAGCAUGUCCAUUAUUUAUGGAGUAUUCUCUGCAUCAAAUCUUGUAUCACCUUCAGUGGUUGCGAUAGUAGGACCUCAAUUUUCCAUGGUUGUUAGUGGCAUAUUUUAUAGCCUAUAUAUUGCAGUUUUUAUCCAGCCUGCUACAUGGGCUUUCUACACUGCUUCUGUUUUUAUUGGCAUUGCAGCUGCUGUACUCUGGACGGCACAGGGAAAUUGCUUGACUGUAAAUUCUGAUGAAAACACCAUUGGAAGGAACAGUGGAGUGUUUUGGGCACUCUUACAGUCCAGCUUGUUUUUUGGAAACCUCUAUAUAUACUUUGCUUGGCAAGGAAAAACUCACAUAUCAGAGAGCGAUCGCAGAACUGUCUUCAUUGCUCUGACUGUUAUCAGUCUUGUGGGCACAGUUCUGUUCUUUCUGAUUAGGAAACGAGAGGACACAAAAGCUCCAGGGGAGGAGGAUUCUACUAAUGAAAUCCUGGGGGACGGCUCGUCUGCAGAAAGCAAAAUGACGAGAGCAGUGGCUGCCUUCAAGAAAUCUAUAAAGCUGAGCUUCACCAAAGAGAUUAUGCUUCUCAGCGUUACAACAGCCUACACAGGUUUGGAAUUAACGUUCUUUUCUGGAGUAUAUGGAACAUGUAUUGGUGCUGUGAAUAGAUUUGGCAGUGAAGAGAAGAGCCUUAUUGGCCUCUCUGGUAUUUUUAUUGGUGUUGGAGAAAUUUUAGGUGGAGGACUCUUUGGUUUACUGAGCAAGAAUAAUCGCUUCGGCAGGAACCCCGUUGUGAUGCUAGGCAUGGUUGUCCAUUUCAUUGCCUUUUACUUAAUUUUUUUCAACAUGCCAAAUGAUGCCCCUAUUGCUCCUAUGAGAGGAACAGAUGAUGUUGCUUAUAUGAUUCCAAGCAAAGAGGUGGCCAUAUUCUGCAGCUUUCUGUUGGGCCUGGGGGACAGCUGCUUUAACACCCAGCUCCUCAGUAUUUUAGGAUUCCUGUAUUCAGAAGACAGUGCUCCUGCCUUUGCCAUCUUUAAGUUUGUUCAGUCCAUCUGUGCUGCAGUUGCAUAUUUCUACAGCAACUACUUCCUUCUGCAGUGGCAACUCCUGAUCAUGGUGGUUGUGGGCUUCUUUGGAACAAUUACCUUCUUUACCGUGGAGUGGGAAGCAGCAGCAGCUCUUGCUGCCCGUGGCUCGGACUACAGCAGCAUUUGAUCUAGCUACCACGUCUAGCCCAACAUAAGGGAAAACAGGCACAUUUAUUGUGAAGUGAUGCGAGAAGGUGAAAAGAUCCAGUGGCUGCAGAGGUUAAGAUGGAGCAAGCUACUCCUAAAUCACCAUCGGCUAACUGAAUGUGUAACGUGGGAGGAAAAAAUGCCAAACUUGAAAGGCUUUUUUCUCGCUUUAAUCACCUGAGCGUGGUAUGCAUGUUCUUAAAAAUCCGAUAUUAGAAAUGGAAGGAAAUGUAGAGAUCUAUGUAUUGAACAAUUCUGUUCUGAGAUGUACCUUUCAGAAUGUAAUUGCAUAAUUUCACUCUACCGUGCACUACAGAACUACAGUUUCAUUUCUUCCCCCCUAAAUUAUUUUUCCUAUAUUCCAGUUCUGCAGACACUUGAAUUCUUGUGUUGAAUGACUGAUGGCUUUUUAAGGUACAUUAUGUCGCAGAAUGCGUCUGCACGACUGGGAAAACAAUUUAUGUCACUGACUUUUUCAGCAAUUAGAUGUGGGGAGUAUUUCUGUGGGAAAUGUUGCCUUAUUCUGUAUUGCCCAGUUCCUUUUUCCCCCCCAACCAUUUGCUUAUUAAUCUAUUUAAUGUGCUUUUUUUAAGAAAGAGAAUCAGUAGUGUGACACAAAAGAUUUUUACAAGAAUUUGAAGAAGUUACCCUUAGUUGUCUUAAGGACGUGCUCCUGCAAUCUGUGAAGCAUUGAUAAUUGGAAGCAAUCUCUUGGUGCAGCAUCUCAGAGUUGGACUGUGUCGGCAGAGCUGCUGAAACUUUCUCAGGGUAAUGCUAUAUGAAGGACCAUAGGACAUGGCUUCCCUUCCAGCCUCCCAAAUAGUUCUUUUAAGUUCAGCAAAAUUUUCAUCAUAAUCUGUGGUGGGAGCGUUGUCUGAGGUAACUUUUUAAAGUACAAAGAGACUCAGAAUGUGAACUCC